AUCGUCGAACUAUUUGCCGGAAUCUGUUCCCUCGAGGGAGACAAGAAUGGAAACAAAUACCAGACUUUCGAUGGGAAAAUGGCGGCAGUCGCCUUCGCUCACAAGUCCGUGCGUAACGCAAGGCUCAAUUAUAAGAAUCCGGAAUAUGAGCUCAUUGCUCGAGGGUAUAAGCGCCUCAACAGCCACGUGAAGAGGAAACAACCAGUCACCACAUCGAUGCUGCUCGCGAUGCAUCGCCAACUCGAAGCCGACCGGUUCGUAGACAAUGCGGACACCAAUGACAUGUUGUGGGGGUCUAUCCUACUGGGUUACUUCUUUCUGGACCGCAGCUCA